GGCAUCAUAUUUGUUGUUUCCCCGGUCGCAAUCAUGCAUUUCUCUCUGUGUCUCUCUGUAUCUCCUCACCAUCCCACCAGCCAACCAUGUCACAACUCACCUCCCUGCUCGUCGUCGCUGCUUGCGAGCACAUUCGGCAAUCACCAACAGGCUUCGCUAUAUAUUUAGCACGAGGCCUUCUAAUUUUCACUACGAUCGGGCUGUCCAUUUGGACAGCAGCCGCGCUGUCGAAGAUCACCGACCCCUCGGUGAUCACCAUGAUCAUCGGCAAUUUUUACGGUAUCAUUUGGUGGUGGUGGCAGGUCUUCUGCGGUCGAAGAAAUUGGUGGCUGUGGGCGGAUGCUCUGGGCAUCCUUAUUGCGUUUCUUGCCUUGGGUUUCGGCGCUGCGUCUCCGCACCAGACUGGUGCUAAAUACCAGAAAGAUAAGAGUUCGGCCAAUUUGCGUGCUCUUCGUGGCAGUAAAGCCACAUUGGGUGUGGAUGUGGCACUGUUGUUCUUGGAUCUAGCCACAUUUGGCUACGAUCUCUACAAAUGAUGCAUCCAGAGAAGGAGAAGAAGUGAAGAGAGUGGAGAGGGAGAUACGAUACCA